AUGCGUAGUACUUUCCUGCUGCCCGUUGACCUCGUGUGUUUCGCCGCGCGCAAGGUCGGCGCCCUGUCUUGGGGCACGAAGGCACUGUUGGGGGCCGUUGGCUGCGCAGCGUACUACAACAAGCGCCGCAGUGCAGUAACAGUGCACAAUAACUCAUCAUUGACUGAGGAUGCAAUUACGGAUUACGUGUACUUCGACCUUGCGGCCGACCGCCGUUACCUGGGCCGCAUCCUGAUCGGCCUUUACGGCAACCACCAGCCGCUUACAUGCGAAAACUUCGUGCAGAUGUGCAAGGGAUAUGAAGUGGGCGGUCGUCGCAUCGGAUUUUUAAAUUCUAAGGUGGAUCAGGUGUUUCCGCGCAACGGUCUCAUUUUCGGGCAACUGUUCCACCCUGGCGGCCCUUUGACCUCAUGCACGAUUUAUGGCCGUACGAUGCCCGAGGAGAGCUUUGAGCUGCCGUUCAUGCAGGAGGGCGACGUGGCGAUGUUGUCCACCAGCGACGAGGUGGGAAUGACGUCGAGGUUCCUCAUAACGCUAGUGGGCAACCCGUGCCUGGGCCGGCGUCCCGUUGUGCUGGGGACGGUUGUUAAAGGUAUGAAGCUGAUUCGUUCGUUGGGAAACGAGCCUUUGAGCGAAGGUCUGCCGAAGCGUGAUUUGCGGUAUGUUUCGUCUCAGCAACGUCGCAUUUUGUUCAGCAUCAUCGGGUGCGGGCUGUAUCGAGGCCCCGAGGACGGUCCCAAAAGCUUCUUUGUCAAAGCGGCAAGUGCCUUACCAUCACCUACGUGA